AUGACCUAUCGGAACAGGGGCCUGAACUUCAAGAUCGUUACAGACCUCUUUAUGUAUGUUGGCGAUGGUCUCCGUCCCAAGCCAAUGGACUGCAUCAUUUUCUUCACGACGGUCGCAAGUUUUGUCAAACUACCAGGCAACCUUUUGAACAUCCUUAAUGUACUUCCUGCGAAUAUGGCCUUCCGCAUUGCAGUGGAAGAGCUUUAUUGGGUAUUUGUCAGCUUCGCGUUCACAUCGUACUUUGUCGGGCUGUUGUACGCCAUGCCGGUCACCACGCGGGAGGGCAUCUUUGCCGUUUAUCAGCCAGAGACGUCUGUCAGCGGGAAGACACUUCGCCCGAUUCACGUUAUGAUCCCCUCCAACACCACAAAGAACAUCAUCCUCGCCAUCGGAGGUCUCUAUCCUACGGUGACCGGCAUGGGACUCGGGAUCAUUUCUGGAGUCUUAUACGAUCGCGGAAACUAUGACGGCUCAAGGAUCGCCAUGCUCCUCCAGUACUCCAACUGGGUCUUGAUCUUUUGGUCUCUGGCCGUAAUGUUCUUCUAUUAUGGACUCAAGUACACCUUCAUCCUCCGAGCCAACAUCAUCAUCGCUGAGGCAGAACUCAACGCCCCUCGAUCAACGUUUGGAAUCGGCAACUUGACGUCGAGGUCACCGGCUCGUUUUUUGUUUGUUCAGUUGCAAAUCAUGGGCUUUGGUGGAUCCGCAGUGACAAUCGCUGGAGGGGGAGGAUGUCUGGCCUGGGUCGUCGCCCAGCAAAAGAUACUAUCCAUGAACAGCAUUGCAAUCCCUUUGACAGGGGCUUUCUUUUGGACCACGGCCAUGACCGUUGCAUUCUUUGUCCUUUUGGCUCUCGUUGGCGCCCAGACAGUCCGGAACCGUCGGAGAGGGCUUCAUCAGCCCUCUAAUGGACAAUCAGACGGUCAUCCCUCUCUGCCACGUCACGAGAACAUCCACAAGUCGUCGGGAGGCCCUUACUUGGAAUCUACUCUCAGCAGCAUGUCCCGACACACCAUAUCGAGAACCGAACAUGAUGUAUGUCCACUCCAUAUUUCCCGGACAAGUUCGCGCGAAGACAAUAGCCUCCAAAAUGGAGUUUCAAGCGAAAAGUAUUCUAUGGAUCAAUUCUGCAACCAUUGGGAGAGUACCGCCGAUGAUGAACUGGAGCAGGGAUGUUAUGGGGGACAGGAACUGUACCGGUCUUCUUCAUUAUCUCCUCCACCACGACCUACGGCCUUGCCCUCCUCUGAUGUGGGCCUGUCAUGUAAUGGUCCGACUGAUAGUAGUCGCAGCCAGAUUCGCGAAUCGGUCUUUGGAGGAAGAACCCCUCGCGAGGACGGGGGCCGGUCUUCGUUGUCGUCGCCUCCACAGUCACCCACGUAUGGAGGGUUCAAUCUUCCCUCCCGUCGUACCCAAGGCAGGAACAAUGCGGUGCCUAGACCUUCCACCAGCUCCGUCACUUCUCUGGGCUCAUGCGCACCACGUCCGGCCGCAAGCAUAGGUCCAGGGUUAUCUAUAGCUCGACCGAAAGCCAGCGCGCCGAAGAAAGAUGUCCAUUCAGCCCUGAUUUCCGUUCCACAGCCAUUGCCAUUGACACCAUUCUCAUCUGCCCCAGAUCACGAGGCGGUGCUGAUGGACUUGCCUCCGCUGCCCGUCAAACAGCGGUCGCAGCCUAUUCCUCAGACCAGGGGGUCUACGGAUCGCAAGUUGGGUAGUGAUUUGGGGUUGGGUGGGGCGAGUGUCUCGGCCCCAAUCUCUUUGCCUGCCUCACGGGGACCUGGCGGUGGGUACAAAACUAUCGAUCAUCUAUCACUUUGA